AUGAAUGCAGCUAAGGGUCCUACCUACAGGUUCACUCCCACAACUUCAGCUAAAAAGGGAGGUAAUCACUUGUCAGAGUCAGAAGGAACAUCAGUUUCCCUUCCUAGCUUCUCUUUUAGAGAGAUUGACAUGAACCGUUUUGAAAAAUUCUUGCUGGCCUUUUGCUUGAUCCUGCUCUUCUCAAGGACUCUGUGUGAUGCUCGCUGUUACUUUAGACCAGCCAGCAAAUACGGGUGCCUUUCAAACAGAAACCUCUAUGUUUUUGGUGCGGUGUGGAAGACAGAAGAUUGUUACCAAUGCAGAUGUAAGAUGACUGCAAUGAUUUGCUGCAGCUUGGUUUUAAUCCCCAAGAACUAUGACAGGGUGAACUGUGUUGGCCUAUUCCACAAGAAAAGCUGUUCCAUUCGAGUGGUGAAGAAGACUAAUCCUGACAUAACCUGCAAAGUCUACAAUGGAGUUGGUUAA